ACGAUCAAAAUGACAUACUACUACAUGUAUUAUGUUUUAUUUACAUAUCACGACGACCCGGAUAUGAUUUAAGCAUUACCUAUCUGACCCCGUUUUGUGUAUCAGAUAAACCGAAAGUAGAUUGCAGCAUGACUCUUAUCGUGCUGUGUCUGUGUUUCAUGGUUACCAUAGGUACUGGUGACAUUUUACCACAGCUUUCCAGUGAAAUCACGAAAUUGGGGUUUCACCGGGAGAUACAUCGCAAACUAACCUUUCCAGUCGCCCUCCUUCCUGGUCUGGUGCCAGGAGGUGAUGUAGAGUGUCACGUUAUGUUUGAUGAGUUAAUACCGGCAGGGGCAUACAUGGAUCCAUACCAGCUAGAGAAUCUGCGAAUGUUUGUUGGUCUUAAUGUGGAAAUACAUGACCAAGUAGAUCUGGAGGCCCCAGAAUUUCAAUCCAGUGCCAUCCAUGUGUCAGUGUUCUCCAACCUUAGCCUAAUAGGCGACAGCUGGCAAGCAGGCUACGUGUUUCCGGUACACAUCCGUUACCAUGGCAUUUCAGACAGUUCAGAGUUCGUCAGGGUGAAGUUUAUUACACCAUCAGUGGCUAUUCGGUGCCAAGAUACAACUUACCAGAUGACAUUUUAUGGUUAUGGUGGCCCCAUCCAUUCCCAGCAAAGCAGACUGUGCAGUAGAGGAUCACCUAUCCUGUGUGAUUGGAUGUUUAUCCAAACUGAGAAGGACAUCAGAUUUUGGGCUGGAAUAAAACUCAGAUGCAGUAUAAAUUGGCCUGGUUCCUGUUGCAAAUGAUAUCUCAGUAGAUGUUCCGGUAGGGAAAAUGGCAGACACAUUUCUGGUGUUGGUUGUCACUAUGGUGACAACGUUAGGCGCGUGCGCAGCAUUGGUUGCAAAGGCUGUUGAUUGUGGAAAGUAUACUAUGUUCACUAUGAAGAAGGUCAGCUGAUUACCAGACAAAAUUUGAUACAACUUGAGUUGUUAAGUAAGUAGGAAAAGUUGUCACUUACCUGAAGAGAUUUGACAACAACGUCCUUGUGAAACAUAAACAAAACGGUGCAUGGUAAUGGUAAUGUUCCUUUGGAAAUGUGCACACAUGAAUAGUGAAGCUACAUGAAAUGGAUUAUUCCAUAGGGUAGAAAUCUGAAUACAAAUACGAGGAACUCGUGUCAAAUGUGUAACUAUGCAAGUGUUCUGUUGAUGACACAUUGUCUAUACAUACAGUUAUUGUUCACAUUAUUAUUAACUGUUAUUCCCAUGUGUGAUUUGCUUCUUGUUAGCUCACCUGAUUGCUCAGGGGAGCUUUUGUGACCAGUGUUUGUCCGUUGUCCGUCCGUCCAUAUUAUUUUGUUCUUAAACACUCUAGAGGCCACAUUUAUUGUCCGAUCUUCAUGAAACUUGGUCAACUAACUAAUGGGAUUGUUUACCCUCGGGACUUCGGUUAUAAACCAUUGCCCGAGCACACUGCUUAACAUAGAACUCUGCAUAAAAAAGCCGAAAACGGCCAUAAAAUGGACAGCCCGAUUUUACUGGGCUGUACCAUUGAUAUAAAAAGAAAACUUUGCAGUGUUGGUGCGGUGCCUUAAUAAAAAUCUAUUAGUUUAAAAAUAUCUAACCUUUAUAAGAAGCGUUAAAAAGACGCAGUACUUUACAAUGCCUAACGCUGUUAAACUUGGUCAGAAGAUUUGUCCCAAUUAUAUCUUGAUCGAGUUCGAAACUGGGUCAUGCUGGAUCAAAAACUAGGUCACUAGGUCAAAAAAAAGCAAGCUUGUAAACACUGUAGAAGUCACAUUUAAUGCCCAAUCUUCAUGUAACUUUGUCUAAAUGUCUGUCUUAAUGAUAUGUUGGUAGAGUUCAAAAGUGGUUCCGGUCCGUUGAAAAACAUGGCCGUCAGUGGGCGGGGCAGCUUUCCUGACAUGGCUAUAGAGAAACCUUGUAAACAAUCUAGAAGUCACAAUUUUGGCCAAAUCAUCAUGAAAGUUAAUCAAAACAUUGGUUUUAUUGAUAUGUCGGACGAGUUCGAAAAUGGUCCAGAUCGGUGAAAAAACAUGGCCGCCAGUGGGCGGGUCAUUUUUCUCUAUAUGUAUAUAGUGAAAACAUGUGAACACUCUAGAAGUCACAUUUUUUGCCCAAUUUUAAUGAAAUUUGGUCAGAACAUAUGUUUCCUUGAUAUGAGAGUUGAGCUGGAAAAUGGUUUCGGUCAGUUGAAUAACAUGUCUGCCGGGGGGGGGGGGGGCAGUUUUCUUAUAUUUAUAUAGUAAAAAAAAGCUUGUGAACACUCUAGAAGUCACAUUUUUUGCCCUAUCAUCAUGAAACUUGGUGAAAAGAUUGGUUUUAUAUAUAUCUCAGAUGAGUUUGCAAAUGGUCCCGAUGUGUCAAUAAACAUGGCUGCCAGGGGGGUGGGCAGUUUACCUUAUGUGACUUUAUAGAGAGAAACCUUGUGAUCGAACGCUAUGGAAGUCACAUAUUUUGCCUAAUCAUCGUGAAACUUAGUCAAUACAUUUGUUUGAUUGAUUUCUUGGACAAGUUGGAAAAUGGCUCAGAUCGGGGAAACAGACUUUUUAGCUCACCUGAAUGCAUAGGUGAGGUUUUAGGAUAGGUCUUUGUCCGCUGUCCGUCCGUCCACAUUUGGGUUGUAAACACUCUAGUAUUCACAUUUCUCAAGCAUUCUUUAUCAAAUUUGCUGAAAGAUAUUUUAGUCAAGUUUGAUGAUAGGUCACCAUUUCAAAUCUUAAAAAACAAAAACACUCCCUACGCCAGAGUUUGGUUCAAUAAUGAUGAAUCUUGACCAGGAUGUAUGUCUGGUCAAUAUCUAGGUCAAGUUUGACAUUAGGUAAAGAUUGAAUGAACUGACUCCUCUCAGGUGAGCGAACUAGGGCCAUCUUGGCCCUUUUGUUUUAUACCAAAUGUGUUUGAUUUUUCAAUUCUUUUUGAUUAAAAAAGAAAUAACUAUUCUUUGGCCAAGGACUCACAUAUAGUAACAUAUGCAGUAAGAAUAUUCUCCUAGGAAGUUAGGAACGUCAAUAAAGCUGACGAAUAUCCAGUAAAGAAGUAAAAAAUAACCCAUAAUGGAACCUAGUUCACAAUGGGAUAUUCCUCUUUUUCUAUUACUUAUCAUUCAUGCUAUUAAAAGUGAGAUUAUCAUCCACUGCUUUGAACUGCUAUUUCUCUUCAUGCCAUUAGGAUUGUUUAUGAAUCCAGUGUUGUUAUUUUUUGUUGUUGUGACAAAAUAUUUGACACAAUUAUUCUACUAGUGGUCAAUAAAAUACCAUUAUGUCUGUUA